AUGACACUCGCACUCUCUACAACUGUACGUUUAUUUUUUCUUUUUAUUCUCGCAUGCACAUCUCAAUACGCAUACGCUGAUGAUUAUUACGCAAGCGGAUCGAUCGUGUGCCCAGACCAUGAGCCCUGCGCAACUGGGCAAACCAUAGGUAGUAUCAUCGAUCAAGGGAAUGAGGGUCAGGGAAACCCUGUACCGACUAUUACUUCCAGUUCAACACUGACAUGCAGCACGAGUAGCUCGCCUACCCCGACGAUUUCUACAGAUGCCAACGGAAACAUUGUCGGACAAAUCAUCAACAGUGGGAACAAUUAUUAUGACUGUAACCGGACCGUAAGAUCCAAUAACACGAAUCCUACUGUAACAAGAACGCAAGGUGGGAAUUCAAUCUCGGUGGCUGGAAAUGCGGCAAGCUCUUUGAAAUUGAGAAUUCUGAUUGUGGGAGCAAUUGUAGGAAUUUGGAUGGCAUUGAUGUAA